AAGAAGACCGACGCUCGUCUCCAUUUGUCGUCAGUUCCCUGAAGCCAUCGACGACCUGAACAACAAUCCUGUGCAAUAUCGACCCUGAACUCGAAGAACAAGCAAGGUAGGUCUUAAAGAAACAACAUCCACUCGAUCAUUUUGAAAUAUACAACCGGUGGAAGAUCCAAAUAUGCAAAUAAUCCGGCUUCUAAACGUCAAUUUUAGCCAAGUUAGCUCCAACCGCUGCACCCUGUGAAUGAUCUCCUGCGAUGGGCUAACGUUUGUAAUAAUGCUCCUUUGCUCGCUAAUGUAAUCAUCCUAACGUUGUUAUCACGAUGCGAUCGUUCCAUUGCAUUAUUUUGUUUAUUGAAGUGCAGUCACUUUCUCCACCAACGACGUGUAUGUAUGUUGUGGCGUAGAUUGAAAGGCCUUGUGAUAGAUUAAAGUAGCGGGGGCCACUCUUCUGUGGGCCAACGUUAGCGAUCACACCACCCAGUGCUACGAGCCUAGCUGUGACGUAUGUUGCCAUCUUUUUAAGUGUCGUCACCGAAGCGCCGAAAUAACACACUCGCUAACAUAUUACACCAUCACUUCUUCGUGUAAUGUUUUCAUUAUAAUGUUAUUUAUAAUGUCGUCCUGUGAUUUUACGUCGGUCUAUUCUGUGCACACGGCACAUGCGCACGUCUGUCCGUCCUGGUAGAGGAUCAGUCCUCCGAUGCUCUUCAUGAGGUAUUUUCUAUUUCUCCCCGUUAAAGGAGUUUUUUUCAGUCCGGACAGAAGGUGCCCUGUGGUGUACCGAUUGUUAAAGCCCCGUGAGGCAGAUAUGCGAUUUGUAAUAUUGGGUUACUAAAAUAAAAAUGAACUGCCCUAAUAUAUUUCUAAUCACUUCUUAUCCCUAAUUUUGGGUGCAGUCAACGUGUAUUUCUUUCCAGUGUUAUAGUGAUGGAUAUAUCUGCCACUGCGAAGUCAAAAGUGGUGCAUUCAUCUACCAGGACAUAAUGCAAACCUUUAACUUUGCCUCCAGAUAAGAUACUGACUUACAAACAUGUGGGAUGGACCAGGGCAAGGACCACGGGGAGGACCGCCCUUUCGCGGUGAUCAUCGUGGAGAGAGGUUUGGCGGCAGAGAUCGUCCCAUGCCUGAUUUUAGAGGUAGAGAUGGGAUGAACAUGGGUCCCAUGGGUCAUAUGGGCCCAAGACCUCAAGAUAUGCCACCUAUGGACAUGAGAAGGAUGGAUGGGCCGCCCACGAGGGGGCGUGAUAUGGACCAACGUGAGAUGAGAGACAGAGAGCAAAACAGAGAUUUUUGCCGAGCUGGAGAAGAGCCGGACUUCAGUCUAAGAAGGCACUAUGAAAUUUCCAUCAGAGACAAACUGAUGAAUUCUUCUGGUUUCCCGGGACCCGGCAGGAACUCAGUAGACAUGGGAGGCAGGGGUAUGCCACCACGGGAGCCAAACAGCAGAUUUAUGGACAUGAGAGACAGAGAGUCAUGUCAUUAUGACGCACCACCGUUCAACAAUCCCAAUAUUGAUGGAAGAAGAGGGUUUCCUAUGGACCGAAUGGAGCGAAAUGAUGGAUUUAGGGACAUGCGUGACAGGCCCCCAGUGGGCAUUGACGACUCUGAUGGCUUUAAUAUGGACGUACCGCCACGUGAAAGGAGAGUGAUGGACACCGACCGAAGAGGAGGGACACCUUUCAAUCCAAGAGGUGGAUUUGAUUCUGAUAUGGAUUUCAGAAAUCGUCCAUCAGCUGAAUUUAGAGGUAGGGAUCGAUCUCCCUUACGAUUUGGAAACAGUGAUGUCCCACCAGUGGACAGGGCAAGAUCGAACAUGCCCACAGAUGUUGCUGGCCCUCAGAGAUCAGAGUUCAUGGGUGCAGAAAACAUACCCAGAGAGAGAGAAUAUACAGAUUCAAGUGGCAGCCCCCUUAUGGAUUAUCGAAGCGGUGAGGAGAUGACUCUUGCAGAAGAAUGGAAGAACCGUCGAAAGGAGAAGACUCCUCUCUUAGAAGUCGGUAAAGCUAUGGGAGAUGUUCCAAAACCUAGCUUCCCUGUAGGUUUUGGCCGAGAUGUGAAUGUUAGAGGUCCACCACCAUUUCAGCAAAGGGACAGGCCACCUGUCAAGUUCCCGGGGAAAGAGGUCGGCUUUCCUCAUGGUGUCAAGUUCCCGGGGAAAGAGGUCGGCUUUCCUCAUGGUGUCAAGUUCCCGGGGAAAGAGGUCGGCUUUCCUCAUGGUGACCACUUUCCCGCCUUGAAUCUACCAUCAAUUGCCAGCAAAGCCCCGCAAGACCAUCCACGCCAGGAAAUAAGUCUUCUUUCUGGCCCUCUUGGGAGAGAAAAUGAGAGUGAACCUUGGCUUGGAGAAAGGAACCCGAAGCAUAGGCCGAGUAAGCCAAAUUGUGACGAAAGGCUCCUUUACCACCAGGAGAAGAAUCCGCCCUCGCAUGUGAUUCAGAAGCCAAAUGAUUGUUUCGAAGGGCUGAAGGAUAUCCCACAUAAUCAAGGACCUGCCAGGGGUAAGAUGGGGACAGAAGGUGAUUUCCAAAGCAGCAGCAGUACUGUGCAGGCGAGAGAUCAAGACUACAGGGACAUCGAUUACAGAACCGGGUCCGGGAGGGCUUUCGAUUACAAGCACCAGGCACUUCAAGCACCAGAGAAACUCAUCAAAGAGUCUAAACCAAUCCCACCUUCUAAGUUUAGUGAGUCUGGUUCUCAGGAUCAAGAUUACAGGAAUGCAUCCGUGGAGGACAAACUCUCCAAUACAAUAUCCAUAAUUGGUAUUCCAAAGACUGCCACAAUGGAGCAGAUUCUCGGUGCCUUUGCAGUCCGUGACGGUGUGCCAAUGCAGGGGAUGAAAAUCAAAAACGUUAUGCCAGGUUACAGCUACGAUACGGCCUAUGUGGAGUUUUUAAACCUCGAGGAUGCAGUCCACUUCAUGGAGUCCAACAAGGGAUCCCUAAAGGUUGGCAGUAGAACAGCGUCCAUGAAGUACAUACAGCCGGAGGAGCGUGAAAGAAGUGUUCAUGAAUCAGAUCACAAAGUACCUCAACUCCAGGAGCCCCAGUUGCCCAGACCAGAUGAGCCUUUAGAAAAGUUGAAGACCAACCUGGAUGGGUCCAAACCAAAAGUUCCCACGGAGCCAUUGCCCCUUGGCCAGUGGCAGCGUAGCUCCGACCUGACCCCUGAGGCCUGGCAGCAGCAGGUGGACCAACAGCUCCAACAGCAGGAAACGGAUCAGCAGCCAGAUUCUUGGGGCAACCGCAACCUUCCUCAUCACGCUUCACACCAAUCUGACUCUGUUUUUAAAGACAGCAAAACCAUGAUAAUAAAAAAUGUGAAGCCCACCACCACAGUAGAGACAAUCCUGAAAGCCUUGGAUCCCUUCGCAUAUCUGGAUGAAAGAAAUGUUCGCUUAGUCAAGGCCAAGCCACCAGGAGCCAAGUGUUUCUGCUUUGUUGACAUGGACUCCCACGAGCAAGUGACACGUCUGGUUGAGCUCCUCACUAAACCCAGACCCCUGUAUGUUGAUGGAGUCAGAGUUUAUGCGGAGGUGGCAAAACCUUUGAAGAACCAAAAUUUCAGAAGAGAAUUUGAUAAAACAAACAGUUCCAUCCUUGGGUAUCCACCUGAGACCAGCACGACGGGGCAGUACCCACAACCUCCACAGCACUCGCAACCUCUGCAGCCACCUGCUGGUGCCCCCGCUGGAAUGCAAGGUGAUUUCACAUCUGGCAGCACUCUUCCUGCUCUGUCAUCAGACCCCAGCAUUGGACAGGGAGUUGGCUAUAGUGAGACUCCAGCUGUGGAUCCAUCUUACCCGCCUGGAGGACCCCAUGUGCCCACAGAAUCAGCUGGGAUGACAGUCCCCCCAGAUGGAUCACAGCCCUACGUCUAUGGCUCUGAGAUUCCAGACAUGACCAACUACUUGUACGAUUCCACGUCAGGCUUCUACUACGAUCCUGAGACGACACUUUACUACGACCCUACCUCUAGGUAUUUCUACAAUGCUCAAACCCAAGAGUACAUGUACUGGGAUGCUGCGUCAAAGACUUACAUCCCAGUUCCAGGAGGCAAUCCUACACCGACCCAACCUAUCAUCAUGACCGCUGAAGAUCAUGCCAUUCUUUCCAACCCAGCAGCAGAUGCUCCUCUGGAAAUGAAGAAAGCGUCGGAGUCUCCAGACACUGCAGAAGCUCCGGCGCUAGUUUCCAUUUCCGAUGGCGACUCUGCUCCGGAGCCUGUCCCAACUUCCUCAUCAGCAGCUCCUGAAAGGAAAGACGACGACGACUCCAAAAAGGACAAAGAGAAGGACAACGACAAGCCAAGAAGUAUUGCUGCUGUCAAGAUCAUGAAAGAUAUGGAGCGCUGGGCAAAGAUCCAGAAUCGUCAAAAGGACGUUGUUCGCUCCGCAUCACCGUUACUGAGGGGCGGACUGGACGAUGACAGGAGGCAAUCCAAGACUGCUGACGCUGGUUUCGCUAUCUUUGAGAGGAAGAUAUCGGGUGCAGAUGAUCUUUUUAAGAAGCCCCUUGCUCCUCUUAAGAAAGAUGAAAAGUCAAAGCGUCCAAUGGGCUCCCUGGGUCUGCUGGCGUCGGACUAUGCAGCUGGAAGCGAUGAAGAGGUGGAAGAAGAUAAGGAGGAUGGAGCUAAAAGCAGUCAGGGAGGCCAGUCUGAAGACUCGGACACCAAGCUGACGGACUGGAAGAAGAUGGCCUGCCUGCUGUGUAGGAGACAGUUCCCCAACAAGGACGCUCUGCUCCGCCACCAGCAGCUUUCCGACCUGCACAAACAAAAUAUGGAGAUCCACCUUAAGAUCAAGAGGUCAAAGAAGGAGCUAGAGGCACUGGAGAACCAGGAAAAAGAAGUACGGUUGAAUUCUAAAGAACCUUCCAGGUCACCAGAGCCUAAAAGAAGAAAACAACAACAGCCGCAGCAUCACAAUAGCUGGGCUGGAAGCUCCAGGGAGAUGAAUAAAGUCAGUGAUAGACCUGGUUUAGGAGCUGAACCUGUACCGCAGAAGAAAAAGAAAGAGCCUGUCGUUUGGGACCACACCACCUACAAACAAGCAGUACGCAAGGCCAUGUUUGCACGGUUCAAGGAACUCGAGUGAUCUCAUCUGAACACAUCCUCACUUUGAUAAUAUGUGAAUUGUUAAUAUGACACGCUUCCCCACCUUAGCUUGAGAAAUGCCAUGUUUGACUGUCUUUACUGUUCGUCUUCCUUGGACAUUACUACACUGUAGAACCAGUUUUCUACACAGACAUUAAGUGGAAAAAACAUUUGAUUUUGUGCAGAAGGUGUUUAUUACCGGCGUUGAUUUGAUUAUUUUUGCCCAUGUUUAAUGUGUGGCCUGUAUGUAGGAUCGUGAAAUGUGUCCAGCUAGUCUGUUUGUUUUUUUUAAAUGAUACUGUCAUUCUGGCCACAUUUACAUUUUGUUUUAAAACUGAACAAAUUUUUCAUUUUCAUUUGUCUGUAUUGCAAUGUUGUAUGUACACAUUUUUAAGUAAAAAAUAUUAUGGACUAA